AAUCGAGAUAGAACAAUGGCGGUUGAAGCUCGGCAUCUCAAUCUAUUUCAUACCCAGAUUCUCAGCAACAGAGAAUUGGUGAUGAACGGCGUCGAAGGUAACGGAAACGUGUUUGGUGCGCCGUCGGUGUACGGAGUGGUUGCUUCUGCAUCGAAAACGGUUGCGGCAACGGCGGCGGCUGGGAUGGAGAGUGUUGUUUCGAUGUACGGCUCGUCAAUCGCCACCGCACUCCCGAUGAAAGCGCCGGCGGAGAUGAAGUCCGACAGCGGUCUGACCUGUGUUCCUGCCUCGAGAAAGCGGUCGCGGGAGGCGGUUAAUACUCUGCUCUCGUCGUACGGUGGUUUCAAUUUCCUCGGUGAGGAUAUCUCGCUUCAGAUCCAACAGCAGCAACUGGAAAUCGAUCGGUUCAUAGCUCAAAACACUGAAAAUGUGAGAAUGGAAAUGGAGGAGAGGCGACGGAGGCACGCGAGGAGGAUCGCGGCGGCGGCGGUGGAGAGCCUCUCCAAGCGGCUUAGAGCCAAGGAGGACGAAAUCGAGAAGAUCGGAAAACUGAACCAAGCGCUGGAGGAACGAGUCAAAUCCAUGUGCGCCGAGAAUCAGAUAUGGCGGGACCUGGCUCAGGCGAACGAGGCGGCGGCAAACACCCUGAGAUCCAAUCUGGAGCAAGCCAUCGCUCAGGCGCGAGACAGAGACCGCUGGCAGGCCGACGAAGCGAGCUCCUCCUGCGGCAGCAACCACGGCGAGGGCGGCGGCCGAAUGUGCCGGAGCUGCGGCAGGGAGGAAUCGUGUGUGUUGCUCUUGCCGUGCAGGCACAUGUGCCUCUGUACCAUCUGCGAGUCCACGCUUCACACGUGUCCCGUCUGCAGCGCUACCAAAACUGCCAGCGUUCACGUUAACCUCGCCUGUUGAGAGAGUAAGGGGCUGUUUGGGUUUGUUCGUAUUUUGUCGGUAAUCUCCAAAAUUGAUCAGAAGGAUUGCAAAGGAAAAGGGGAAUUGUUGCGUGAAAUUAGAUUCGUACAAACUAGGCCUUAUCUCUUUAAUCACUGUAAUUAGUUAUGUUAAAUUUUGCUCUCCCGACUGAGAUUUUCGUGCCGGCGUCAGAGAUUUCACGGUUAACAAGCCGGCCCGUGUCAGCGCGUGUACUCAGUCGCGAAGUAGGGAGAGUGGGAUAUAGAGUUGAGAUGGGUGAAAAUGAGACGUGCAGCGUGUAGCUGACACGUAGGACUAGCGCAAAUGUCGCUGUUGUGGUGAAAAAUGGAAAGAGGUUGUGAAUUUUGAACUUUCGAUACACCAAACAACUUGUCACGUACGAAUUGUAUAACUGCACUGAUGCGCACUGCAGAGGGAAAGGACUGUGAAUAGCUAACCUGACUGAGUUCAGUUCCCGCCAAAUGAAAAUGAAAAGGAUAAAAAGUUUAUUCCAUUAAAACUCUUAAAGAUUUUAUUAUAAUGAUAAUUUCGUUAUAAUUGAAAAAAUUCACUUUGUUAUGUGGGUUUAAUUUUAACAUAAUACAUUGAUAUUGUUAUAUUAACCA